ACAACCAAAUAAACUGAUAAACACUGAGAACAGGAAGAGUGUGUGUGCUGCUGCUGUUGUUGUUGUUGUUGUUGUAAAAGUUUGUGUUGACCUGACUUCAUCAUUUCCAUAUGAGUUUCUGUGGAAGCUUGUUGCUUAGCCAAUUUAUUACCAGGAAGAUCAACACAUGGGAAAAGGCACUCGAGUCCCCAGAAAUUCCCCAGAAGAGGAAGUGUGAAGAUGCAGCACACCUCGUGCACAGAGGAUCGGAUCCAGCACGCUUUGGAUCGCUGCCUCGACGGUCUCCGAUCCUCUGAGUUCCUCUCUCAGUCCUGGAGCACUGGAUGGUGUAUGAACCGCUGGAGUUUGGAGGAACUCCUGAAAAGAGAUCCAGAAAACUUCCUCAUCCUCCUGCAGCAGAUUCUCAAGAGAGCAAGACAGGUGCAGGAGGAGUGUGAAUAUGAAUUGGUGGCUCCUCUCACCAUCAUGUUUGAGUCCACACUUCUACAGACUCCUUACUGUCCAAUCGAGUGUGAUGUCCUGCUCCAAGCGCGUGAAGUGUUCCAUGGUUUCCUCACGUGGCCCGAACCAUACAGCAGUGUGUGUCGCAGUGUUCUAACUACAAUAACCCAGGAGCUGAGAGCACCAGGGAUUUCGUACCACAGGUUGGUGAAAGAGGAACAGGGCAUCACUGCUGAACGUCAGCGCGGCAAAACCAUUACGGUGUUGUUGUUGAACCCAGCCGAUGUCCCCCAGACGUUUCUGUCUGUCGUUCAGCAGCUAAGUGCCAUCGAUGUGUCCCAGAGAGAGAUCAGCAUGAAUCUCAUUAAACACGCCCUUCAGUGCAGCCUGGGCACAAAAUAUCACACACGCACCAUACAGCUCGCUCUGCAGUCUCUCAGUGAUGAUGUACUGUCACACACACUGUCGUGUGUAUCAGUGAUCUUGGAGACUGCAGCAGCCAUGACGGACACCAGCGCCGCUCGAGCUCACGUACUGAAAGGUCUGGAAGAAGUGCGGGACAAACUAAAUAUCCCAGCAUGCAGCGGUGUGACAUGUAACGGAAUCCUGCAGUUCCUAAAGAUACCUACAGCGAAGUGCUACACAAUCCACUGGGACACUGAUAAUUUUGACGCUCUGAGUGAGUUUUUGGAGACAGAGCCUGAACUUUCCUCGAUCUUCUCUGAAGGACAAACAGAGGAGGAUGAGGUUGAUGAAGAGGACGAUGACGAAGAGGAAGAAGACGAGGAGGUGGAGAGGUACGAGACUGAGGACUGCCUGGACCCGCGGGCAUCCAUGUUCUCCACCACGUCCUCUCUCUCCACCGCAUCCAAGGACUCCAUGUUGUCCACGUCGUCUGACUUCUCUCCGGUCUCCACUCUGUCCUCGUCUUCUCAGGCCUCCGGCACGGACAGUGACUUCUGCGAGGACAUCGAGGAGGAUCCGCACGUUCUGGUGCCGAUCGGCAAAAAUAAAAACGCUGCCGGACUUUCCAAACGUCUAUCACGGCUGUUUAAACCGCGAGGACAUUCUCUCUGCCGCGCUAAGAGUCUGGGGAACACGGACAGUAAGGAUAAGAAGGACCUUCUGCCCGCUGCUCGCUCCAAGCGCUCCAACUCCAUGCCCCAGCAGGUGCUGACGCUGACCGUGGAGCCGGUGCAGAGCGAGAACGCGGCCAUGAAGCCCGUGUGCUACAGGAAGCGUCCCAUCCUCAGCAGCGAUGAAGACGAGGACAUGGGCACGGCGCUGAUCCGGGUGAUGGUGUUCGGGGCGGAUCAUGUGGCAGGGAAACUGGCACGAGCCUACAACAGCCUGAGGAAGAGAGAGAAACUUUCACCAAGACUCACUAAACACUGCAGGAUGAAGUUCUUCUUUAUUCCUGUGAAGAGAGAUCCGAUUCCGAACGGGGCAGUGAGUCAGAGCGCCGCAAGUCCACUCAAAAAUGCACAGGAGGUGAACACUGAUGUUUCUGAGUACAGCACUAACAACAUCGCUCACCUUCUCGGAAUGCUGGACCCGUGGUACGAGAGAAACACACUCUGUCUGCUCGACCUGCCACUGCAUGUGGUGUGUCAGCAGACAUCCAAGUCAGAUUCGGAGUGUGUGGAGGACUCAGUAGAGGAGUGUUUACCCAUUAUGGCUGACCUGCUGCUAUAUUACUGCAGAAACGCAAGUCGACCUGCACUUAUCCAGCUGUACCAGGCUGAGCUGACGCUGGCCGGAGGAGAGACGAGAACUGAAGUGUUUGUCCACUCACUGGAGCUCGGACACACGGCAGCCACCAGAGCUAUCAAAGCCAUGGGAGCUGCGAGUAAGAGGUUUGGUAUUGAUGGAGAUCGGGAGGCAGUGCCACUCUCACUGGAGGUCGUUUAUAAUCAGGUGGUCAUCAGUGGGCGGAGUCAGAAGACGAGGGCGGAGAAAGUGUGCACAUCAAUAAACCUGACGAAAGUGUGCAGGACUCAGGAGGAACUAAAUCCUAAAAUGGAGUUCCUGCAGCUGACCAUGACGGAGGUUUUAAAGAGGCAGAACUCCAAAACCAAAAGGAACUACAAUCAGCAACUGAGUGUAACUCAGGUGAAGGUGGACAGGUUUCGCGUCUGUGGUUCUGGAAAUACGACGUUUGCUGUGUGUUUGGAUCAGGAUGAGAAAAAGAUUUUACAGAGCGUCACACGGUGUGAGGUGUCAGUGUGUUAUAAACCGGACAGUUGUUCUGAUUGGCUGAAGGUGAGAGCUCUGUCCAGUCAGAUGGAGCAAACAUUCUGCUCUCUGCUCUGUUUACCCAUCUCCACUUUCAGUGGACCCCAACCAUGAACCUCACCCAGAACCUCCUGAUGUCCACCACCAUCUGGACCUCCACCACCAUCUGGACCUCCCCCACUCUCUGGACCUCCUCUCUGCAGCCUUCUGAUGAACCUCAUUAAUGUUCAGUAGAUGUUUUCAGCUCAGGGUGAAGUCAGUGUAUCUGCACACAGACAUGUUUCACUGACACUGUAUAAAGUUUUGCACCAUAAAUACUGUAUAUUGUUUAUUUUAAAAGUAAUUGUAAUUAACUCUGUGUUUAAUCAGUGUUAUGUGUAAUUAUAGUCUAUAUUAUAAUGAUAAAAAUCACUCCGUGCCAUCUUCUGACCUGCUGAAGCUUCAGGAGCACUUCUCUCUGAGUGGACAUGACCUCCGGACCAGCAGGAGGCGCUGAGACCAGGUGAAACCUGUGUCCUGCAGAUCAGGAGUGAGUUUUUCUUGAUGGUUUGAAAAUAACUCUCUUUUUCCUUUGUGGAGAUUCAGAGUGACAUUAAAACACUGAGGCCUUUAUCCCGAGGAUACGGUCAGUCAGGUCAUUCAGUCCAGAUCUUUUUAAAUCAAAGAGGAGAGAAGCUCAGUGUGUGUCUCAGGAGGAGCUGAAGGGCUCACAAUACUUCUCAGGUUUUAGAAAUGUGUGAGUGUGUGUAUGUGAAUGUGUAUAUAUAUUUGUGUGUGUAUGUGUGCGUGUGUGAGAUAUAUCUGUCACACUGAGAUCCUCUCUGAAGCAAAGCUCCUAAUACGGUACUUAUUGUUAUGAUCAGGUGCUGUUUGUUUUUGUUUGUUUAAAUUAAAGCAUGUGGAUGUAAAGACUAAAGUGUAAAUAUCUAAUAAAAUC